AUGUCCACUCGUACCCGAAAGGCUGCGCCCGCGGCUGCGACAAAGGCAAAGACUGCCAAAGCAAAAGACACCAAGAAGACGACUCCCGAGCCACCGCGGAAGAGACGUGCAAGUGUGCAAGAAGAGGAAUCGCCUAAAGCUGCUACAAAGGCAUUGGCAUCUCCCAAGGCUGCUAAAGCUGUGCCAGAAGCAUCGGUCGCCCCUGCAAAGAAGACCACGAAGCGGAAGGCUGAAGACCAUGUUGAGGAUGAACCUCAUGUCAACGGCGUGAAAAGACCCAAAGUUGCCACGAAGCCUGCACCUGAAGUCAAAGAAGCCGAGCCGCCCAAACGCGAAGCUGCUGCACCAGCAAAGACCACUGCUGCUAAGAAGUCCAAGGCAGCGAAGGCCGAGAUCAAUCACCCUCCUACUCAGAAACUGAGUGUUUUCGUUUUUGGAGAGGGGUCAUCGGGUGAACUCGGCCUGGGAAGCGCCAAAGGUCAGACAGAAGUCAAGAGACCGCGUUACAAUCCCAACCUAGGUCCUGAUGUCGGUGUCGUGGCGCUAUCCGUGGGUGGGAUGCACACAGCGGCCUUGACUCAUGACAACAAGAUUUUGACAUGGGGCGUCAAUGACCAGGGCGCGUUAGGCCGAGACACCGCGUGGGAAGGCGGUCUUAGAGACAUGGAUGAGGACGAAGGCAGUGACUCGGACUCUGACUCUGGUUCAGAGACGGCUGUCAAUCCUAGAGAGUCUACUCCAGGCGAAGUCGACUUGUCUGGCGUGCCUGAAAAUGUUGUGUUCACUCAGGUUGCCUGCACCGACAGUGCUACGUUCGCUCUAACAACCACCGGUGAAGUCUACGGAUGGGGAACUUUCCGCUCAAACGAAGGCAUUUUCGGAUUUGAUCCUACCACAUUGAUUCAACUGCGACCAAAAUUGAUCAGUGGCCUCAGCAAGAUUGUUCAACUGGCAACAGGAGCCAACCAUGUCCUAGCGCUGCAGAGUAACGGCGCUGUCUUUUGCUGGGGCUCAGGACAGCAGAACCAGCUUGGCAGAAGGAUAUUGGAGAGAAGAGCAACCAACAGCUUGGUGCCAAUGGCUAUCGGCACGCUCAAGAAAGUCGAUUACGUCGGUGCUGGAGCUUACAAUUCCUUCGCUGUGAAACAAACCGGAGAGGUAUAUUCGUGGGGCUUGAACAAUUUUGGCCAGACAGGCGUCCCCAAAGAGUUUGAUGAUAGUGGGAACAGCAAGGGCAACGACGUACAUAUGCCUAUUAUCGUCAAAACGCUCAGCGGAAAAGGAAAAGUGACUUGUAUUCAAGGAGGUUCGCACCACACGGUGGCUGUCACCGACAAGAACGAGCUACUCGUCUGGGGAAGGAUCGAUGGUAAUCAGUCGGGCCUCAAGGUCAAAGAACUCCGAGAGGACGACAUUGUGCGGGAUUCAGCCGGCCUUCCUCGAAUCCUGGUCGUGCCAACACAAGUUCCCAAUAUCCAGGCCGUCACGGCCGCAGCUGGAUCCGAUCAUUGCAUUGCUAUCGACAAGAACGGCAAGGCAUGGUCAUGGGGAUUCAGCACCACCUAUCAGACUGGACAAGGCGUCGAUGACGAUGUUGAGCUGGCAACUAUGAUUGACAACACGGCAGUCAGGGAUAAGAAGCUGCUCUGGGCUGGAGCUGGCAGCCAGUUCAGCGUCGUGGCCGGAGUUCCUCAGCCGCAGGUCAACGGCGUGAAUGGACACGCUUGA